AUGGCUACAACGCAGAAAUGUGUCCACCAAGGCUGUGGCAAGCAAUUCAGAGACGCCGCAGAAAAAUGUGAAUACCACCCCGGCCCUCCCAUCUUCCACGAAGGGCAGAAAGGAUGGAAAUGUUGCAAACCCCGUGUCCUGACGUUUGACGAAUUCUUGAGCAUCCCUCCAUGCACAACCGGCGUCCAUUCUACCACAGACGUUCCUCCCCCGGUCGAUGAAAGGCGGAAAGAGGAUGAUGUGGCGCUCUCAAAGAAGAUAGAGUCCUUGACCACAGCCUCUCCCUCGGCAACACCACCUCCUCGGCUACCUGUCCAACCCGCUCAGUCAGCCCCGACGCCGCCUCCUCCUGCUCCAGAAACGGAAGAUGACGAGCCCAGCAUGGAGAUUCCUGAUGGGGCAAUAUGUCGGCGACGAAAAUGCGGACAAACCUACACAACUGGGAGGUCGAGAGACGGGGAGAGAUGUGUGCAUCAUCCUGGCGUGCCCAUCUUCCAUGAGGGCAGCAAGGGAUACUCCUGUUGCAAGCGGCGAGUCCUAGAGUUUGACCAGUUCAUGAAAAUUGAAGGAUGUAAAACAAAGGACCGACACCUGUUCAUCGGGAGCGGCAAAAAAAAGAACAACUCGGGCUCAUCUGGGGAGGAAAUUUUGACGAGCGCUAGACAUGACUAUUAUCAGACUGCCACCAGUGUCAUUGCGUCCUUUUUUCUCAAAAAAAUCGUCAAGGAAACCGCCAAAGUAAGCUUCGACGAUAGGCACAUCAUGCUAGACUUAGUAACGGCCGAUUCCCCACCCAAGCGGCUCAAGGCGGAAAUACCUCUCUACGGUAAAAUUGAUCCAAGCAAAUCGACGUUCAAAAUCCUGGGAACCAAGCUGGAGGUGUCGCUGGGGAAAGCGGAUGGCGCAUCGUGGCCCGUGCUGAGAAGUGAUGAGGCGUUGACUGGCGAAAUCCUGCAGAUAGGGCAAGCAGGGAGGGCGUCAUGA